GCCGGGCGGCCCGGGUGGCUGGAGGGGGGUCCGCUGCCCAAGAAUGGGAAUUCUCUUCACCAGGAUAUGGAGACUAUUCAAUCACCAGGAGCACAAAGUUAUCAUUGUUGGGCUGGAUAAUGCAGGGAAAACUACCAUCCUUUACCAAUUUUCUAUGAAUGAAGUUGUACAUACAUCACCUACAAUAGGAAGUAAUGUAGAAGAAAUCGUGAUUAAUAAUACACGUUUUCUAAUGUGGGAUAUUGGUGGCCAAGAAUCUCUUCGUUCUUCUUGGAACACUUACUAUACUAACACAGAGUUUGUAAUAGUUGUUGUGGACAGUACAGACAGAGAAAGGAUUUCUGUAACUAGAGAAGAACUCUAUAAAAUGUUAGCCCAUGAGGACCUACGGAAAGCUGGAUUGCUGAUUUUUGCUAAUAAACAAGAUGUUAAAGAAUGCAUGACUGUAGCAGAAAUCUCCCAGUUUUUGAAACUAACGUCUCUUAAAGAUCACCAGUGGCAUAUCCAGGCAUGCUGUGCUCUUACUGGCGAGGGAUUAUGCCAAGGACUUGAAUGGAUGAUGUCACGACUUAAGAUUAGAUGAUCUCUACUGACCUCUUCUCACAGACUUUGUAUAAACGAAGUGCUGGACUUUACCUGAAAGCUGCAAAAAUUAAUGGUUUAGAUAUAUUUAUAAUAAACUGAUUUAAACUUUUUUCUAUAAGAAGAAAAAUUAAGACCACUUGUUUGAAAACAAAGAUGAAGUCUCACUUUCCAAUCUGCUUUCUCAUUGUUCCUUCCAAAGCAAGGUCUUUAAAGCUGUGAUUGCUAUUUUUUUCAUAAUGAAUCCUCUCAGGACACUGUAUAGCCUGUGGUAAGUACAAAGGGAGAGGAAGACAUUUUUCACUUUAAGAGCUUUAUUGUCAGUAUAACCCUCCCUAGUUGAAUGUUAUUCUCUUCGUGUUCCAUUAAGUCAAAAUACAAAUCAGCACAGAUACUCAGUUUCCAAUUAAUGUUAAUUAUGAAAAGUAUUUUGCAUAAGGUUGUGUAUGUAUUGUGUAUAUACCUCAAAUUCAAGUUUAUGGCUUUGAUUAUGUUCUAAGGAAAAGCAAAUAACACAAAAAAUAAUAAUAUCCUUUGUUAAUAAUCAUAAUGAGAUGAGUACUGGCAUUGGUGUUAAGUGCCAUUUUGUGCUUUGCCCCUUGUUUUCUGUAUUGUACUGACCAAUCCCCAAAAUCAUUGAGCUGCUCUUAAAAAAAAAGAAAGAAAAAAAGAAGAAAGCUCAACAGUGUGUACCUAUUUUUUGUUGAUCAAAUUACAUACAUGAAAACAUGUAAUCCAACGGAGUGGAGUCUCUGCAGAUUUUUGGCUUAGUAUUAUGAAUGGACAGAAUUUCACGUUGAGCAAUUACCAGAUUGUUUCCUUUAUUGGAUCUGUGCCAUCUAAUUUCUAAAUUCUCUAAAUGAGAAAAUUGUUAAUCCAUUAAUCAAUCAUUAAUUGUGAUUAAAAUUAUCAGGUGAUUUUUUUUCCAACAUUAAUGGGAAGCUGUUGUGUAAAAUAUGUCUACCCAGAGAAGUAUCACCCUAUAAAUAUUAAUCAAAUAAUUUACCUAGAGUCUUCUUAGGUAUUGAAUUAUAUGUCAAUCAUUUAAAGGGAGUUUGAGAUGAAAAGCUUAUUUUUUAAACAACAAAGGUUAUUUCUUAAUUUGAAAAUUUCUCAUUUUAAGAAUUGGGAUAGUUUGAGAUUUUUUGUUUCUAUAUGUUUUCUUUUAUCUUCCUAACACCACAUGAAUGCAUUAACGAUUAUAAGAUACAAACUUUUUUUAGUGCUUUUAAGAAUUUGAUUUAAAAGUUGAUCAACAUGAUAUAUUAUUUUUACAAAGAAGUAACUUGGCCCCAAAUAUCUUAUGUUUGCUUAGGAUAUUUUUUUUCACUGAAAAUGGAAAGAUAUGAAGGUAGAAGGUAUUUCUGUUGUAAUUGUAAGCAAACUUAUCCUAAAUGUGUUCAAACAUAUUUUUGGGUACUCUCUUUGUAUAUGUUUCAUGCCCUGAAAAUCUGAAGGCUGAUCCAAACUGGCAUAUUUUAGAAUAUUGAAGAAAAAAAAUAACUACUUUUAAUACCAGCCUUUUAGAUUUCACGCAGAUUUUGAUGAGGAAUAAUAGUAUAUACCGCAAGCAUUGACAAAACUUUGAAAGUUUCUUUCUGUAAAAUAUACUCAAUAUCUAAAUCCAAGUCAGGCAUGGGAGAUCAGUGUUUUUAACAGUGGAUGUUUUGUGUUUUAUAUUUAUAUUACAAUGUUCAUAAUGCAAGUAUAACAUUUUAAUAUUUGUCAACUUGCUUUUACAAAAGUAAAUUCUAAAUUACUAAGUUUUAUUUGUUCAUAUGUUCUCAUACCUUUUCAAAUCACUAUUAGGAAUUACUUGUUUUAUAUUAAAAACUCCCUUAAAAACCCAAAUCUAUUUUGCAGAUGUUGCAUUUUCAUCUGAGAUAAAUAUUCUGUGAAGUAGUCCAGCAAAUUCACAUCUUUUACCCUUUUUAUCUUUUCGUUUGAAUAGUCAUGGCUUAGUCCUGUGGGUUGCUGCCGCAUCAGUUCAGUGCUGUACCAGCACUUGCCCUUCUCGUCAGGGUGUUGGCUAAAAUUUAUCCUUAGCUGGAUGUUUAAAGCAUGCACUACAUUGUUACAGUUGGUUUAGUGUGGUAGGUGACUGACAUGGCAUCAUGAGAAUGCAUGAAAUCUUAUACCACAUUUACAAAACAUGAUUUUUUGUUACAUUCUACCUUCUAGGCUAAACAUUAGAAAUAAGAUUGUACCUAUACGCUUGUACAUAAAACCAAAAUUACAAUGACAAAAAAAUUUUAAUUCAUGUAUGAAUAUACAUCAAGAUAAUUUUAACAGUAUUAUUUCCAAAUAUGAUGGAGAGUCUCAUGAGUAGUCAUACUGGCAAUUUAUAUGCAGUUUAAAUAGAAGUAAGCAAAGGGCAGUGCUUUUGGUUUUUAAUAUGCUACUUUUGGGUGUAAACAACCAUCUUGUUUAGAGUCAUUGUGCUCACCUUUGAAAAGAACAAAGCUUCAUACCUCUGUACAUGUGGCUGGAUUUGAAUAUCCUUGUUUGAUAUUAAUUUUGAAAGUCAUAUAAUUAUUCUUGAUAUCUUGGUAAAAGUAACCAUAUGCUAUAAGCAUUUAAAUAUGUUUAAUUUUGUGAUAAUAGCAUUUAUAAAGUAUAUCUUACACAUUAUAUUGAGGAGUCUAGUUAGAAAGUUUUCAGUUCUAUCUUCUUUGGCUCUUAUAAUGGGCAAAGAAUACAGUGAAGGCAGGUGGUUUGGGGGGCAGGGGAAAGUGGGUAUGGGAUAUGACAUUUUGCCUUAAGAAUAAAAAAAAGUGCUUUAGCACUGCUGGCUGGCACUUUUAAUGCAGAUAAAGUGAUUUUAGAAGUGUGGCGUGAAAUAGAAGAGUUUGUUUUCUGGCCUUUAAGAAGUGCCUAGUAGGUAGUUACAGAAAAGUAUAGGGAGCUUGAGGAAAGGCAGGAAGUCCCUGAGAUAUUCUUUUCUUUUUUGUCUCAGUGUAUAGAAUUAAGAUGCCUAGAAAUGGGAUUCUGUUGUCCUCUCUCUUGUAGGCACUUUACAUUUCUUGCUGUGACCACAGCAACCACAUACAGUACAGACAACCUCAAAAUCUGUUUAUAUUAGUGUAAAUAGAAAAACUGUAAACAACUAGAUUUCUAGUUUUCUCUGCAGGCAUUUUUGGGAAUGUAUCUGUAGUGUGUUCUACUUUGUAUCUAGAGGAUAACAGCACAUCCCAGAUUUUUCUGUGGACUUUGGGGUCAUCUUCUCUGUUACCCAGUUGUAUCCUGUCAUCAGUCCCUCUUUCAAAGCUGGGUAGAGACAAGGUUUCUUUGCAUGACUUAUCUUUGACCCCUCCCAACUGUCCAAAUAUCUAGAACUUCUUGCUGCAGAUCAGCUUUCCCAUAGCUCAGCCAUCCCUUGCUCCCCUGUAUCUUCAUUCACCAUCAGUGAAGGUAUGUUACUCAAUCCUGGAGGUAUUCUAAACUUUGCCUUAAAGCCAUCAUUCCCCAAACCACCAGUUUCUAAGUAGGUUCUCUAGUUCUUUGCUAUCUCCCCACCACUGGCUUGAUUUAUCAAUUUGUACUUUGCUCAUUAGAGAGUAUUGUCAGGGUUGUUGAGUACAUCAGAAGACUGGCUUGCUGUAUAUACAGCAUAUAAAUGCCAGUAGUAAAAUCCUACUAUAUUUAACAUAUUAAUGUUUCUUAGUUUUAGCUUCAUAUGCUGAAAAGUAGAUUCAGUAGAUUCAGAAAGAUAACAGAACUACCUAGACUUUUCCAGCUCCUUAAGCUGCUAGUUAGGCAUGGAAGGGAUGAAGUUACGUGUAUUUUAUCUUCCCAUUACCAACAAUGGAUUGCGUUUUGGAGGAUACCUGUGCAAACAACUUGAGUUAGAAGAAGAUGCCAAACCAAAUUUAUAUGUAGUGUUUACCCCAAAGACAUCCUUAAAACCAUUGCCCACAUUCUAUUUUUUUCCUCAUAGUUACGUAAAGAACACAAACAUUAGAUGUCUAAAGGAAUUAGUAAUGAGAAGCCUGUCUUUGCAAAAUAAACCUGUUGAAAUAGGCUUUAAAAGACAUCAAAGUCAGCCAUCAUGUGUUGAAUCUGUAUAGAUGUAGAUACAAUAUAGAAAGUACUGAUUUAAAGUUCACCCUAUACAAAAAUAGAACUUCUAUCUCAUGCUCCCUCAAAGAAUGUGUGAUAGUUUCAAGACCAUAUUGGUGAAAUAAAGGAAAAAAAAAUUUUAGACUUUGGAUGCUAAAAAAAAAUUACUGUUUCUAUUAAACCCUAAAGUGGUGUGUGGAAUUGUGAAGAAAUUGUAACAGGAUACAGUUGGGUUAAUUAUGCAAUUUUUUAAAUCAAUUGUCUAGUCGUUAUGUAUUGUUCUUAAAACUAAACUCUGUGGUCUUGCCUGCUAGAUACGUUGUUCUUUGAAAGAAGAUUCCCAUAGUCUAUACCCAAGAAGUGCCUAAAAUUAAUUUGUGUGGGAUUUUAAGUCCAUCUAAUAAAGUAUAUGUGUUUUCUAUGGUAUUAUAUGUGCUUGGUGUACUGGUGACAAAGCCCUGAGAAUUUCUAAGUCACAGUUUGUGCUUUAUUUGAGUAAAAAAAAAAACAAACAACAAAAACAGAAGAAACCUAGAUAACAAACCAUAGUUUAGGAAACAUGAGCAAAACCAUUUUUUCUCUUUUCCUAAUAAAAAUAUUCUGUUGCCCUUUUGCUAAGGUAGAGGCUAGAAAACUGAACCCUGUUUCUGUUUUUUAAAAAAUAGUUUUCACACACAGAAAAUUAUAUUGUGUGUUUUAAAACCUUAGUGAAACUUUAUCGCUUAUUUAAGAGUAGCCUCUUAACUCUUCUCAUACUUAGUGGUUAGUAAUUUUGAUCAUAUUGUUUAGAUCUUGAUCCAUUUUGUGUGUGUGCAUGCCCAAAUCCUUCCUCUUUGUUUAGAUUCUACUUACAAACUAAAAUAUUUGAUAGACUCCUAUUAUGUUUCUCAUAUUUCCCUUCUUCCCUCCCUCCCUCCCUUCCUUUUUUUCUGACCAUAGAGUGUGACUCUAAAUUCUGGGGGCAGAGACUUGACUGUAUUUUCAGUGAUUUACAAUUACAUUGUGUUUAUAUUUUAGAUCAUCUUGCAUGCAAAGUGAAAUGUGUACAUGAUUUUAAAUAAUUGUAUACUAUUCUCUUCUCCAAAACCUCUUACAUUGGUGAUAUACAGAAUUCCUCUAAUUAUUUUUGCUUGAACUAGUCAUUUAGAUUGGAUAGCCUUUUCUUAGAUUAUGUCCCUCUAUGGUUUUUUUGAGAGGAGGUGAUACCUGCAGAGCACUUUUAAAAAUCUUUUCUGGGUUAAUUAAGUUCAAGAUAACACAUUGAGGAGGAAGCUCUAAUUAUGUCUAAGCAGGGCUCUUUUGGUUGCUAGAGAUGAGAAAAAUGUAUACUAAUUUUAAUUUGUGCUUAAAAUACAUCUUACUAACAGUAUUGAUUUUAAAUAUAACAAAUUCUUGAAGAUAGUCUUCCUUCUUUAUUGUAUUUUCCUAGAGAAGCCUACAUGAAAAUGUGUUCCAAGUAGUCUAUUUGUAUAACUGCCCCUCGCAAAUUGAGCUGUAUGUAUAUUGACAUAGUUGAAGCCACAUUUAAUACAAGAAGGAAUUAGGAAAAACCUCUGAAAGUUUUUAGGUUUGUUGUAUCGGAAUUUCUAAUAUGAUAAAAGGUUUUGAGUCAAGCUUUGUAUGCACAAAGAGGCAGAAGAAUCUGUCUUCUCUCUUUAUCGUUUUUUGAACUUGUGUUUCUCUGUAUCAUAAGAAAAUUUUACCCUCAAGGAAUAUUCCAAAAAGUAAGGAUCUUAGAGCACUUGGGUGCUUUUAUAGUUCAUCGCUGCUGAUGUGUUAGACACCUAGGGAAAUAAUGUUUCAGGUCUUUCUUGACAAGACAACUUCAUGGAUGGCUGGAGAAUAUUUCUGUUUUUGCAGAGGUUGGGAGGGAAUGGGCAGAUUGGAAUAGGGACCUCUCCAUUGGUAAAGCAGUCUUAUCAGCUGCUUUGCAGAUGUGUUACUUCAUUAUACUUGUAACAGUGUUUUUAUGUCCAUAACUCACUAAACUGUCAAGCUCCAGAAAUGUAAGAUAUUGGUCAGGUGACCAGUGGUAGGGCCUUGUUUAUUAAGAAAUAAAGGAAUUAUGUCAAGAUAUGUUUGGGGGGAAAUGAAAAAUAAGUAAGGUUUUACUGGUGAAUUUCCAUGUUUAAUAUGUAUAUUAACUUUUUUUUUUAAGUUGCAUGUUAACCUGGGAUAAAGUGUUGUCUCUGCUUUAUGCUUUGAGUAAAAAAAAAAAAAAAUGGGUUAAACUGUUACUAUUAUGUACUAUUACAUAUACCUUUUCUUUUAGAAGGGGUUAAUUAUAAUUAUUAUUCACA